AUGUGCACCCCAUGGAAGGAGGCACUGCUUGUGUGUUUACUAGGGAAAAAAUUGGGUUACCGACUGAUGAAAUCCAAACUAUCAAACGUUUGGCGGCUGAAAGGCGGCUUUGACUUACUAGAUGCAGACAAUGGUUUUUACAUGGUAAAGUUUGACAUGAAAGAGGACAGGGAGAUGGUGAUCAAUGGGGGCCCAUGGAUGAUAUUUGAUCACUAUCUAGCAGUUUCCACUUGGAGCAGUGAAUUCAUCUCACCGGCAGCCAAGGUUGCUAAAACAUUGGCGUGGAUACGCAUCCCAGGGUUGAAUGUAGUGUUCUAUGAUGAGAGCUAUCUACUGUCAAUCGCCAGAGCGAUAGGAAGACCAGUUAAGGUGGAUAUGAAUACGUUGAAUGCCGAGAGAGGGAGGUUCGCCAGAAUCUGUGUGGAAUUGGAUCUCUCCCUCCCGGUGGUGGGCAAGGUGUGCCUCGAGGGCUAUUGGUAUAAGAUCGAAUAUGAGGGCCUGCAUGUAAUCUGUACGAAAUAUGGCUGCUACGGCCACCGGAGUAGAGAAUGCUCAGCCCAAGCGAUUGCAGUGGCACCGCAAUUAGAGAAACAUGGGGACGGGAUUAGCAAUAAAGACACGGCGGAGAACGCAACGGUUACUGUCCCGGAGGUAGCUUCCCAGCACGUGGAAAGCGGUGCUAGUGGAAAAGGGGGCCCACAGCAUGAUACCCCAAUGGAUUCCGGGGAGAAUAUUCCAACAAUGAAUGCUGAAGUAACUCCCCCAGCACCAGUCACGACGAGACAGGACCAUGUGAUUGAUGCCAAUUUUGAAGUACUAGGAGAGUGGAUGACUGUGGUCAAAAAGAAAAAGAAACAGAUCCCGAAAAACAUGGAAAGGGAAGCGGGCCCAUCACGCAGGGAACCUAAGGGUGUAACGAUAGAGCAAUCAAACCGCAAUCAUGGGGCUAAGAAAGAGAGUUUGAAGGAGAAGGUAGCAUCCAACAAGAUGGGGCCCAAAGGAGUGUUUAAUUUCUCCGUUGGUAGCUCCAAUCCCAAUGAUAAAAAGGUGGAUGAAAACAAAAAGAAAAGGUCUCGUGUGGUGGGACCGGAGCGUAGUAGUCAGCAAACUCUCAUAUUUCCCCCAGCAACCAACCCACGUGGGGGCCCCAAUCAGGUGCAGAUUUUAAGGAGAGCAAAUGAUGAAGCUGCCAUGCCAAUGAUUGCCGACGGCGAGGCACAUCCCCAAAGCAUUGGAGUCAUCAAGAACAAAAAUUGA